GAGCCACACAGCUUCAGCCAAAGAUGCAUCUGUCCCAACUGAGCCACAGCUGUGGCAGUGAGAGAGCAGCAAUUGGCAGCGUCCAUUUCGUUUCCUGCAGUUACCCCUCUGACUUUUGGGGAGAUGGUAGAAAAGCACCUGGACAUAAAUGUCAUGAAAUGCUACAGGCACUUUUCAUCUCAAAAGCAGUUGCUCAUAACUGGACUGCCGAGGUAUCACGAUGGCUGCUACACAGAGGAUGAACUUGCAAAACUUCUCGUUCCAUUUGGGUUUCAACAUAAAGAUGACACCAUCUAUGUUGUUCCUCAGAUGUGCAUGAAGGCCAGUGGUUCCAUGUUCCCCAUAAUCAUGUUGACCAGUUUACCAGAGGGGAACUACCAGCAUGAAGACGUUGCCAAGCUGGUCUGGCGGUAUUUCCCUAAACAGAACCUUCACUCCCUGGACUACAGCGUGAUGGUCUUAACGCUGCAGAGGAGGGCCUUUGUGUUUUUUGCUGAUUGGACAACAUGCUGCAAUUUUGUCCGAGAUCACCUCAAAAAAACAGUUUUUAUCAAAAACUACAACCCCUGUGUACACUUCGUCUUGCAACACAUGAAUCCCGAAUCCAGUGAGGAGAUGAUGUACAGAAGUUUGAUUAAGUGGAGCAACGCUGGAGUUCCAGAGCUAAAGUCUCUGGAGGAGCGGUUGCUCUGUGUUGAGAUUUCUGCAACAUCUGUGGCCGUCGUCCGGACAGUGAUGGAAGUGGUGGCUUCCAUCGCACCCAUUGUCAGCUUCCUUCCACUUGCUAACAGGAUCUGCAUUGAGAUGGCUGACUCCAGCGGUGUAACGCAGGCAGUGGAGAAAUACAACACUUUCUCCCCAGACUCUUUAAAUAGGCUCACAGCUUGGAGGAGUAAAGUUAAACGUUUUGAGACUUUGAAGAGCCUAAAACAGCGCCUACAAGAUUCAAGUGAGAUCACAAUUAACUUUGAACCAGACACCAUCAGUGUUGCAUCCAAGCCCCCAGCUGUGAAAUACCAAACUCGUCCCUCUGAACUGUCGGAUACUGGUUCACAAGCUGCCCUUCAAACCAGCGGCACUGGUGGAUCCAUCAUUUCUGAGCCCAUCACAGCAGGACCAAGUGCUACGGCCACAAGUGACGUAGCAGUGGAGGAGGACAUUCGGUGCUCUAAUCCUGUGACUGCAGUGCAGACACAAACAGAUGCAGCUUCAUCCAAAAAUGCAUCUGUCCCAGCUGAGCCCACAGCUGCAGCAAUGAUGGAACACCUUCCUGCAGUGCCCACGCCCUCAUUUGAAGUUACCCCUCUGACUGUUGCGGAGAUGGUAGAAAAGCCGCUGGACCCAAAGAAAAUAGAGUGCCUCAUGUAUGAUACCCAGCUCUCACGAAAUUGUCUUCAACUUGGACUAAGGCUGUUGCUCAUAACCAGACUGCCGAGAUAUCACGAUGCUCUCUACACAGAGGAUGAAUUUGUAAAACUGCUCAAGCCAUUUGGGUUUGAACAUAAAGAUGACACCAUCUAUGUUGUUCCUCAGGACUGCAUGGCUUUCGUCAUGAUGCCAACAGCAAAGAGUGCGUUCUACAUAGCUGAAUUCUCCAUAAGGAAAGGCCUUUAUUUUAAAGGGUCUAAACUUUGGUUCCAGGUUGUAUCCAGCGGAGUACAAAUGACACCACCGCUCGAGUUUUAUAAAUCACUGAUGAUGACGAUGGAUUCUCUCUGGGUUGAUGAUGGAGUGAGAACAGUCUUCAUCAAGAACGUAAAACAGAGUGAGACCAGGGACCUGAGGGAAGCUUUGAAAAAAGUCAGUUCUGUCAAGAACUACCUGCCUCUCCUCAACAAGGUAUUUGUGGAAUUUGUGUUCAAUCGUGAUGCUGAUCGGCUCGGAGUUUGGUACAGUCUCCUAAAACAAGCCCCUCGACACGAAGUCCAAAGGCUGACAAAGCCAAACACUGGUUAUUCAUCACUACCACCAAGAUUUCCUGAGAACGCUCUGCCUGACAGCAAGGACAUUGUUGCUGGGGUGACUAUCCCACCAAUUAAAAAUGUUCCACAGGGUAGCAUUUCACCAUUUUGGGUCACCUUAAAAACUCGGCCCUUCCUGUUCCCUACCAUGUCUCCUUGGUUCAUCAUCCCAGAUUACCUGACAGUCAAAGGACAGGACGACAUUGAGAAGGCCAGUGGUUCCAAGUUCCCCACAAUCAUGUUGACCGGUUUACCAGAGGAAAACUACCAGCACGAGGAUGUGGCCAAGCUGGUAUGGCGGUAUUUCCCCAAGCAGAACCUUCGCUCCCUGUACUACAACGUGACGGUCUUAUCGCUGCAGAGGAGGGCUUUUGUGUUUUUCGCUGAUUGGACUACGUGCUGCAAUUUUGCCCGAGAUCACAUCACAAAUCCGGUUUCUGUCAAAGGCUCCAAGCUCAGUGUACACUUCGUCUUGCAACACAUGAAUCCUGCUUCCACUGAGGAUAUGAUGUACAGAAGUCUGAUGAAGUGGAGUAAUGCUGGAGUUUCAGAGCCAAUGUCUCUGGAGGAGCGGUUGCUCUGUGUGGAGAUUUCUGAGACGUCUGGGGAAGUCAUCAAGAAGGUCAUGGAUGUGGUGGAUUCCAUAGCGACCUUUGUCAGCUUCCUGCCACUCGCCAACAGGAUCUGCAUUGAGAUGGCUGACUCCAGCGGGGUAGCAAAGGUGGUGAAGAAAUACAACACUUUGUCACUAGACUCUUCUAAAAGGUGCACAACAUGGUGGAGUAAAGUUAAACAUUUUGAGACCCUGAAGAGUCUAAAACAGCGUCUACAAGAUUCUAGUGAGAUCACAAUAAACUUUGAACCGGUCAGUCUUGAAGCCAAGUCCCCAGCUGUGAAAUACCUAACUCAGCUUCAUCCUCCUAAACUUUUGGAUAGUGGGUCCCGAGCUGCCCUUCAAACCAGUGGCCCAGGUACACUGUCUGCUAUCACUUUCCCUUCCUCGUUGGGCCAGAAAACACUACAGGAGAGGACUAAAUCUCCAGCCAAAGCAUCAAAUACUGCAUCUUCCAGUCGUAAAACCCACUCCCCCUUAGCUGGAAGUAAAACAGAAAAUAAAACAGCAGCAGCAAUUGUCAAUGGAUCAAUGGAAACUCAUCUGGAGCCUCUUAGAGAAGAACCACAAGACACAGAGAGCGCAGUGGCAAAGUCUGACCACAAAGUGUCAGCAGAGGGCAUUGCUGCAAAAACUGGUGAGUCACAGACAAAAAUAGAAUCAUCAUCAGAGAUGCGUCCACCUCCACAGGGACAUGAGGUAGAGUUGAGCCAAGCCCAGAGUCUGGAUGCUGAUUGUAAUGUGAACACUCUCAAAGACCAGAAGACAAGGAAACAGGAAGGGAAAGAAGAUGUUGACAAACAUUCAGAGGUGGAGGAGGACGACAGAGAAAAUUACCAAAUCCUUGAUUCACUCGAUGAUCAAACAGAUGAACAGAUGGAUGAUGGGGACCAACAUGGCAGCUCUGAAACCCAGCUAACUGGACCUGAGGGAAGCCAGACUUUGCAUGAGGAAAAAGGCAUAUUCCACUUAGAGGAGGACAGUGAAAUGGAAACGACCAGAUCUUUACAAGUGCUAGACAGUGUUACUGAAGACCAAGCAGCUGCAGGUCAAGAGGACAGUCACCUGGUCCAAGAUGACGGUUCAGUAAAACAACUGUCUGAGGAAGAUGCAAAUCCAGUAGUCGACAAAUCUGAUGAUGCCGUUAAAGAUGCAGUUGGUAAAGAGACAGAUAACAAAGAACAAUUCCAAGUGUUAGUUACAGGUAGCAAACAAGGUCCAAAGGGAGAUGGGAAGAAGAAAGAACAAAAAGAGGAAGAGGUCAAAGUUAAAACACUUUCAGCAGAAUCCUCUAAAACCUCCAAAGAUGUGGAAAAUCCUGAUGGCCGAAUCCCAAAUGAAGACCAGCUUCUUCAAGAAUGCGACAGCAAAGACAAUUUAAAAGGCCCUGCCAGUGAUGUUACUGAAGAAGAAACCUUUGAGAUGUUGGAUUCAAUUAAUGAUCAAACUGCUACAGAAGACGACAAACUUGAAGAUCCCAGUGAGCAGAUACCUAAAGAAGACACUGGGCCCAUAGAGGAAGACACAUAUCAGGUAAUUGAUUCGGUGGAAGAUCAGCCGAUAACUAGAGAGGUCGAGUCAGAGAUUGACAACAAGGCAAAAAGCACCAAGAAAGAGGAAGCAACUUCUAGAAAAGAUGAGAGACCAUCAAAGAGGAGUGGCCCUGCAACCUCUGCGUCCAAAAGUGAAGAAAAAGAGAAAUCUCCAAAGAAACAGCACAGGACGGUUAAAAAAUAUGAGACACGAUCUAAGAUGGACACCACUGCAGUGAUUUCUAAAACAGGCAAAGAGGACACUGAGGAGAUGAUUCAUGAGAACCAGCUAGAUUCUGUUGUCACCAAACAGGUUCAAGAUGCUACCGCCACAGAAAGGUCUGGUAGAAGAAGGAGUGCAAGAGGGAAAAAAGAGGAAAGAAUUACAUUGAAUCUCACAGAAUCAUCUCCUAAGCCAAAGGAGGUUACAUACAGGAUUUUAAACUCUGUGGAGGACGAGACUGCUGAUGAUAAACUGACGAUCACGACAAGAUCCACUAGAGGAAAAAGGGAAAGAACAACUAAUAAAGAUUCUUCGAAAGAGAAAACACAAAAAGAGGACACGCCAAUGAGAAGGAGGCACACUCCUGCCAGAGAGUCACUGGAACGAAACAGGGAAAAAACACCAAAGAGAGAGUCGAAAGUUCCUCCAGAAGAGAGCACACCAACAAAGAAGGGCAUUGUUGCAAGAGAGGUAACUGGGGAUGACGCUACCUGUGAAUUAUCCUCUAUGGAGAACGAGGUUGUUAGGGUUGAAUGGCCCACCACGGGAGGAAAGAGAAAGAGGGGAAGACCAAAGAAAGCUCCUCCAAAAGAGAGCAGACCAACAAAGAAUAAGAACAUUGCUGCAAGAGAAAUAAGUGAAGCGACCUAUGAAAUAUCUCCUAUGGAGAAUGAAGCUGUUAAGAUUGAUCAGCCCGCUACAGGAGGCAAAGGAAAAAGGGGAAGACCAAAGAAAGAGGAGAAAGUCCCUGCCAGGACAAGAAGUACAAAGGAAAGAGGGAGGGAAAAUAUUGAGAAGGUGGAGGUAGAUGCCCAGGAGCUGGUGACUCUGGAUGAAGUGGGGGCAGAUGGAGCUGGAGAGGAAAGAGUGGCGGAGAGCCGAGAGGGGGACAGGGCGGUCACGGAGGGAGAGCCACAAGCACUCGUCACUCUGGAUGAGUUCGUAGAAGAGGAGGAGGAGGGGAAGGCCGAGCAAAGCACGGUGGAGAUCCACCCACUCAGCCAGGAGGAUGAACCAGUGGACUCCUUUAAACCAGAGACUUUGAUGCGUUUAGAUGAAGCAGACAGUGAUGAGGAAAAGAAAACAUCAAGAUCUGUCAAAUGCAAACAAGACGUUGGCACAGACGAGGGGGCACAGGAGGAGGAAAAAGUGACAACGCCAAGGACAAGAGGCCGACCCAAGAAGAGAAGCAGACAGACCCCCAAGAGAAAAUCUACCAGAGAGAAAAAAGUGGGCACAAAAGAUGACAGAGAAGAAGGAAAGGAACCAGCUGAUGUAUUGCCUUCCACGUCACUUGACGCCUCGUCAUCAUUGGACAAAGACCUGUCUACAUUGUUGGGCGAUGGCCAGCCGGAGAGCCGGAAGGCAGAGGCAGAGGUGGAAGCAGCAGGCCAAGCCGACGUUGAUGCUGCCUCUGCUGGGUAUGAGCCACCGCUGGAACACCCUAAGAACCAGACACUGGAGCAAUGUGUGGAGGAGGAGAAGAAAGGGAGGAGCAGGACCGACAUUAAAGUUGUUAGUAAGCAGAGGGGGGAGCUUGUUGCACCUGAAGCAAAGCGAUCUCGUUCUCGGCCUCCUUGUGUCUCUGCCGACUUCAAACUGCCGGCAUUUAAACCCAACAACCCCCUCGGUCAGGAGUUCAUGGUCCCCAAAUCAGGUUUUUUCUGUAAUCUCUGCUCUGUUUUCUACGAGAGCACCGCCAUGGACCUCCACUGCACCAGCCGGACACAUUACGACAACCUUCAGAAACAUUACCAGAAGCUUCAACAGAAACCAACUUGAAGUUCAACACAAAGUUUUCAAGGUUCUGUUUCCGAUUGGUUCCAACUUCAACUACUUAUUUAUUUAUGUAUUGUUUGUUAAAAAUGUAAAAAAGCUGAAGCCAGUUGGAGGUAAGUUGCAUCAGCUGGCGAAAAAAGGAAACAUGAACUGAGUUUUAUCAUGAAGUCAGUAAGUCACAUAUAAGAGUUCAGGGGUCGUAUUCUGUAAUGGCCCAUGGUUACCAAGCAGUUAGGAUAGGAUCUACCGGUUAAGAACUUUCUGUAAUACGGCGAGGAAAUCUGCUCAGGAGGGCGUGGUUCCUCCAGAUCAAACUCAGUUCAAGCUUUCAGAGUUAUAAAGUUUUAUCACAUUUCUACUUUUUGGAGAAAGAUGGCAAAAAAGGAUUCAAUCGGAGUGAGAGAAAAUAUGUUGUCUUAAUAACAGUAGUUAUAGUUUGUGUUGCAAAUGCCCUUAACUGUCAGAUUAGCUGUCUCAGCUUGAAGUGAACUAAGCCCAUGUCACAGUCAGACAAACACUAGCAAGCAUUUUGUAUCUCAAUGACAAUAUGAACACAUUUUCUCAUUGCUUUUACUUUUUGGAGAGAAUCUUUUAUGUGAAAAAUAAUUUACAUAACUGUUAUAGUCAGUAUGAGUCAGAGAUUAUAUUAUGGGAUGUUUUUUGUGUUUAUUUAAUAAAUAUCAUACAAUGUA